GGGCAAGCCGCUUCCUGGUUCUCAGAAAGGAGGAGCUGGGAGUCGGAGUGGGCCAGCAGCAGCAGCGCAGGCAGCAGCCCGGGGGUCAGACAGAGAGAGACGCGGAGAGAGGAGGACCAGAGGUCUGCGCCACAGAGACGCACGGUUUGGUCAAGAGGAGCAGCUCAGGUGUGUGUGUGUGUGUGUGUGUGUGGAGCUGAGCUGAGGACGACGGCAGCACAGAAGAAGAGACACUGCAAAAAGCUGCGAGAAUUUAAAAAAGAAGAAGAAGAAGAAGUGGAAGAAGAAGUAGUCAGGGUGGGACUGAGUGAUCCAGGAAGUGUGGAGGUCGCUCAGGUGGGAGGCGACGCGUCAGGACAGGUGCCUCACUCACAGCCGCCGGUGCUCAGGUGUAUGACCUCUGCUGACCACUGAGCAAAAAAAGAGCCAAAGAAAACAGAGUGGAGUGAGCAAGAGAGACAGAAAUCCGGCACCCAUCUUCUGUUGAUUUUAUGGACUGGAGGUGGCGAUGUCUCCAGGAGAGGACGGUCUGAUUGGGAUCCCCUUCCCGGAGCACAGCAAUGAGCUCUUGUCCCACCUCAAUGACCAGAGGAGGACAGGCCUCCUGUGUGACCUCACCCUGACCUCCCGCGGGGCACGCUAUCCCACUCACCGCUCUGUCAUGGCCGCCGUCAGCCUAUACUUCCGCCGGCUGUUCGGGACAGAGGAGGGGGGUGGUGAGGGCGGCGGAGGUUUCAGCGUUUGUCAGCUGGACUGUGUAGCACCUGACGCCCUGGACGCCCUACUUGAGUUUGCUUACACUGCAACCCUCACCAUCCCAAGCUCCGGGAUGAGAGAUGUGCUGCGAGGAGCUCAGCUUCUGGGCAUCCAGUGUGUGGCGGAUGCUUGCAGAGAAAUCCUUGGGGAGAAGGCUGAGGCCGAGGGAGAAACGGCAGAAGAGCAGAGAAUCCAAUACGCGGCUCCUAAGAGGAUGUUAGUAGGAGAGAGUUAUGUACAGAAAGUGUCCAGAAGAAAAACGGACAGAAAACGGGUGAAAAAAGUUGAGUUGAAUCACAGGUCCUCAUUUUUUAAUCCAUCACCGGCUUCUCCCAUCUCUCACUCUUCACCUGCGUCUGACAGCCUGCGCUCCCUGCCGUCUACGCAGCCACCAAGCCCGGAGCAGGAGGAGCUUUUCAUCAAAUCAGAACAGCAGAACGGGGAUCCCAGGUCGAUGAGAGAGCCGGGGAGAGGAGCCACACCAAAUGGAAGUCACCCUCACUGGCUGCACAACCGCCCCCGUAUAGCUCAACCGCCUCCUGUCCCACCCCCCAAUGAUACGCUCUUAGGGAAUGAUGGCGUGGAGGGCUUUGGUGAGGAUCGUAUGCUAAUGGGAAGCACAUCCGUACCAACAUCUGUAGCUGAGCGUGGGGCGGCGGCAUCAGCAGUCGGAGGCGGGAGGAAGAGGAAGUCUCAGACGCCACAGCAGUGUCCCGUCUGUCAGAAAAUCAUCCAUGGUGCGGGAAAACUGCCCCGACACAUGAGGACACACACGGGAGAAAAACCCUUCCAGUGCUCUGCCUGUGGAGUCCGAUUCACUCGGAAUGAUAAGUUAAAGAUCCACAUGAGAAAACACACAGGAGAGCGUCCUUACCCGUGCCCCCACUGCACCGCCAGGUUUCUACACUCGUACGACCUCAAAAACCACCUGUCCCUCCACAGCGGGGCAAGACCCUUUGAGUGCCCGCUCUGCCACAAGGCCUUCGCCCGGGAGGAUCACCUCCAGCGUCACCGCAAGGGUCACAGUUGCCUGGAGAUGCGCACACGCCGACCCAGGCGAGGUCCUGAGGUUAUGGAGGACGGGAGAGAGGAUGAGGGCAGGAGAGAGCAGCCAAACCCUCUGGAGGCUUUGUCAUCGCAGGCCCACACCUCAGUGUUUCACCCACACAUGUUGCUGGAUGGCGGCAGUGGACCAAGCGGCGCUCAUCCGCUGAUGUUUCCAGGCGAUGUGGAGAGGGGGCGCUCUCUCGCCCUACAGGCUCUGGCCCAGCUCGGGCCUCACAGGCUGGGCGGCUACCCCGAGCUCUUCCUGCGAGGGCUGGAUCUGCGAGGAAGCAGAGAGGCGGAGGUGGAGGAUCCUGGAGGAACCCACUCACCAGCUGCACUUCGAGACCGAUGGGCAGAUGAAGUGGAAGAGGAAAUUGGAGAUGAGGAAGUGGAGGAAGAGGAAUAGUGGAAGAAGGAGGAGUGUGUGAUUGUGUGUGUGUGAGUGAGUUUGUCUGUGUGGUAAAGAAUCCACAGUGAAAAACAAAUCUCAGGUGGCUGGACUAAAUACCUGCUGCUCCCAUAUAGAGAGCACUUAAAAAAAAAAAAGAUAUUUAAAGAAAAAAAAAUGGAAAAACGGGUUUUCAGAGAUAUUUUAAAUGUGUGUCUUGGCUUUUGAUUUAAUUUCUUUUAAUUUUUUUUUGUGUUUACUGUUUAAUGGUAUGAAUUUUAGGCUUGAGCUUUUUCUUUUUGAGUUGAUUGUAUUUUUCUAGCUCAACGUGUGUGUGUGUGUGUGUGUUGAGUGUGUGGUUACUGGGACGCUUUUCACUAUGCAGACUAAAAGUCAGAGCUAUGACAUGGAGGGAUAUUUGAAGAUGUAUAUUUUAGCAACAACAUAAUGUAUUGAAUCAGGUGCAAUCCAGAACUCCUAUCAAGUAAAUCACAAGAAUGAGUUUGUGUGCUCACUGACCUCUGGUGGUUAUCAGUGGAAAUGCAGUCUAAUUAAUCAAACCUGUGCUGCACAUGAUAUUAAGCAAUAAUGUUCUUUGUAUCUUUUCUUCUCAGUGGUAGAAUCUCUGCUUUUGUUUGGUGCUUAAACCAAAUAUUUUGGUUUUUAUUUCUUAAAUCUUAUGAGUUAACAGGAGAGGAGUGAAUUGUGGCCAAUGUUGGGUUUGAAGAGGAAAAUCCUCUUCAAAAAAAAACAGUUUUGAUCGCCAUGAGAAAGAAUCUGCUUCCAUAUGCGAGUGUCUUAGAGAAGAACUCUGUGUUUAUGCCUGACCAAAAAAAGACAAACGUUUGGACGGAUGACUUCAAGAAUGUUGCAGACAAUUCUUCUUUUCCUGAAAGGCUGUGGAUUUCAGUCUUCCAAUGCACUCGUUUUUUGACACCUUGUUUUGGGGGGAGAGAAAAAAAAAGAAAAGUGGUAAGAGUGAGGGUAAGAAUGAGAUGCUUCUCCCCUUCCUCUGUAUUUAUUUAUUUAUUGUUAUUUAUUGUGGCUCCUCUGCUGUAACUCUUUUGUGAGACCAGAUGGGAGGUUGGAAACUGAUCACAGCCCAUUUCCAGUCUGAGUCUUACAAGGAUUGCGUUAAAGAUUUUUGGCUCAACGUCUCCCUAUACUUAAACGCCUUUUUUUACGGGCUUCAUGUCUUCUUUCUGCGAUUCUUCCUCAAAUGCAUUCUUUGCACAUGCAACCCCGUUAGGUACUGCAAUAACACAGGCACAUUCCAACCUCUGGGGUAGAGAGAAGGGAACAGGGCUCAGAAGAAGUCGGGGGCGGGGGGGGAACAAACUGGAAAACAAAAAAUGACUUUGCUGUUUUACACCUUCUUCAUGCUUUUCUGUUGAUAAACCAACACGUCUAGUACUGUAUCACAUUAUGGCAUGGCAGUUCUUAUAGAUCGGCCACCGCUGUGUUUAAAGGGGGCCAUUCUUUUUGAGUUUAUCUAUCUUUGACCAAAUACCUUUUUGUAAUUAUGCUUCUCUGGACCAGUGCAUAAUUACAUGCAGUCAUUAAUGGCUUUAAGAGA